CGUGUAUAUAAGCUCUUGGCCAUAUUCUCUUCCCGUUAUCCAAACUUGAUUCACAUCAGAUUCUCAAGUCUUCACUCACGAUACCUUGCUCUCGAUCCUUAUUUCCUUAGCUCUAGCUGUGUCUCUCAUGGACGAAGUCGAAGUUCCCUCGUACUUCUUGUGCCCGAUCUCCCUCGAGAUCAUGAACGAUCCUGUGACCGUCCCCACCGGGAUCACCUACAACCGGGAGAGCAUCGAGCGAUGGCUGUUCUCCUCCUCCGCCUCCUCUAGAAACCACACGUGCCCCGUCACCAAGCAGCCGGUCCCGCCCGACUGCGAGCUGACCCCAAACCACACCCUCCGGAGAUUGAUCCAGUCGUGGUGUGUGAUCAAUGCCUCGAAAGGUGUAGAGAGGAUCCCUACCCCGAAGCCUCCCGUGAGCAGGGCCCAAGUAACCAAGCUCAUCCGGGACGCCGCCAAGUCACCCCAGACGAAGCUAGGCUGUCUCAGGAGGCUAAAGUCGAUCGCCUCCCAGAGUGACGCGAACAAACAUUGCAUAGAAGCAGCCGGUGCCCUCGAGUUUCUAGCCUCGGUUAUUCAUGAAGCAUCCUGCGGAAAUGGACUGGUUACACCGCUGAUUGAUGAAGCAUUGAGCGUACUUUACAGUCUCCACGUCUCUGAAGCCAAGCUCAGGAACAUCGUCGAUGUCGAGAUUGUCGAGUCACUGGCGAUAAUCAUGCAAACCGGGACCUACGACUCGCGUGCCUAUGCAGUAAUGCUCCUAAAUAAAAUGCUCGAAGUAGCUGAACCGGCUCAACUCACUUGCCUAGCAGACUGGCUCUUCACGGAGGUUGUGCAGGUGUUGCGCGACCGUAUCUCUCAGCGGGCCACGAAGGCUGCGCUGAAGCUCCUCAUCCAUCUCAGCCCGUUGGGCCGCAACCGAAUCAAGGUCGUGGCAGCUGGGGCAAUGCCUGUCCUCUUGGAGCUCCUCCUCGAGCACAACAGUCUGGCCUCCGAGCACAUCAGGGUCUGUGAGAUGGUGCUAACUGCGAUGGACAUCUUGUGCCGGAGUGCAGAGGGAAGGGCCGAGCUGCUGAGCCACGAGGCGGGGAUUGCAGUCGUGUCCAAGAAGAUACUUCGGGUCUCGCACGCGGCCAGCGAGAGGGCAGUCAGGAUCCUACUGUCUGUCUCAAGGUUCUCGGGGACACCUCGGGUUUUGGAGGAGAUGUUGCAGGUCGGGGUUGUGACAAAACUGUGCCUCGUCCUUCAGGUCGAGUGCAGCAGCAGGACGAAGGAGACCGCAACGGAAAUACUUCGGAUGAAUGCCCGAACAUGGAAUAACUCGCCUUGUGUACCUCGAAGUUUGCUUUCCUGGUAUCCGAAUUGAUAAAAUGACUUAGGUUUUUAGGAGAUCCCUCUAGGGUUUCUGAAUGUACAUGAUUCUUUCCAAUUCAAAUAUGUAAAGAGAUUACGCUUGCAAAUUAGACCCAAUUUUAAUGUUUCAGCAA